CAGGAAGAGAGCAGAAGGGUGCGCGAUAGGGAGUGAGAGAGUGCACACCAAUAUGAAUCUAACCAGCAAGCCGACUUAAAUUUCCAUUGACGUGCUUCCGUGUGUUUUUGACAGCAGGUUUUCGCUUUAAAAAAUUCAGCAGGAUUGCGAGAAAGAGCCGUAAGAAGACCCAGUGGCCGGAAUGGCAACGUAUCAGCCUUGGUACCAUGGUAAUAUCACCCGUUCCAAAGCUGAGGACCUGCUUUCAAAGGCUGCAAAGGAUGGAAGUUUCCUUAUCCGUGACAGCGAGUCCAUACAGGGAGCCUAUGCCCUUUGUGUGCUGUAUCAGAACUGUGUAUAUACCUACAGAAUUUUGCCAAACGAAGAGAGGAAACUUUCUGUCCAGGCUUCGGAGGGUGUGCCCAUACGUUUCUUCUCAGUGCUGAGUGACCUGGUGGACGAGUACUACAAAGAGAACAUGGGGCUGGUCACACACCUGCAGUUUCCAGUGCAGAAGGAAGAGGAACCAGAGGAGGAAUCAGAGCCGAUUAACGUGCCCCCUCAACUGCCACCAAGGAACUUCACCAGCUCAACAUCAGUCAACGAUACGAAAGAGCCUCACGGAGAGUCGUUGAAAGGCCCGGAACCUGUCCGGCCAUCUCUGUCCGAUACACUCUUGCAAAGAUUGCAGCAUCUUGACACAUCCAAUAUUCCAGAUGAUCAUUUAAAAUCCAUCCAGGAUUACCUGCGCAACUUGGUGAGCCUCGAUGCAGAGCAAGUGCAGACGGGUAACUUCACACUUCCGUACCUGAAACAGGUAACACAUGGGAUCUGCAAAAAUUUACAAAGUGAAAUUUCCCGCACCUUGCCCAUACUGGAGGCUUUCCAGAAAGUGCUAGAUCAACAAAUGUCUCCGGGAAUCGGCCGUCUGAGGAGUCAGGUUUCUUCUGAAUCAAGUUUGCCUGUAGCUGUUAGACUGGAGCAAAUCACCAGACUCUUAUAUUCAAUAGAAGAGAAGGCCAAAGUUGCUAUGUAUGAUGGUGUUGGAUAUGAUGGAGGCCACAGAAGGUCAUUGAUACCACCUGUUACCUUUGAGGUGAAAUCAGAUGUUCUGGGGAUUUCCACCAAAAUGUACAUCAAGGUGGAUGUGGAAGGUGGCAAGGUGUACUUCAAGAAAUCCAAAGAUGGGCCAGAGGACAAGUACUAUAUGCAUAACAAAAUCCUGCAGCUGGUGAAGUCGCAGAAGGUUCACGCCAAGCUGGUGAUCAUACUGGAGAUGGAGAAGGAGAAGACCAGUCGGAAGGAGUUUGCUUUCGAAGACUCUAAGAAGCGAGAAGGGUUCUGCCAGCUCUUGCAGCAGAUGAAGAACAAGCACACAGACAAACCUGAGCCAGACAUGAUCACCAUCUUUAUAGGCACCUGGAAUAUGGGUAACACCGGUCCCCCGCAAAGAAUCACUUCUUGGUUCCAGUCCAAGGGACAGGGGAAGACUCUCGAUGACACAGCAGACCACAUUCCCCAUGACAUUUACAUCAUUGGGAGCCAGGAGGAUCCUCUGGGUGAGAAAGAAUGGACUGACAUCCUAAAAAGCACCCUGAGGGGCAUCACUAACAUCAGCUUCAAGCAAGUGGCCAUCCACACGCUGUGGAACAUACGGAUCGUGGUGCUGGCAAAACCUGAACACGAAAACCGUAUCUCACAUGUCUUCUCAGACAGUGUUAAGACAGGCAUUGCCAACGCCCUGGGUAAUAAAGGAGCAGUUGGGGUGUCAUUCAUGUUCAACGAUACAUCUUUUGGAUUUGUCAACAGUCACUUAACAUCUGGAAGUGAAAAGAAGAUAAGACGAAACCAGAACUACAUUAACAUUCUACGUUUCUUGAAUCUUGGGGAUAAGAAACUUAAUCCAUUUGACAUCACACAUCGAUUCACUCAUCUUUUCUGGCUCGGUGACUUAAAUUAUCGGAUUGAAAUGCCAUCAUCGGAAGCUGAGAACAUUGUGGCGAAAAUCAAGCAGCAGCAGUACCAGGAACUCCUCAAGGAAGACCAGCUCAGCCAGGAGAGGGCUGCAGGAAGGGUCUUUUUGCACUACGAGGAAGAGGAGAUUACAUUUGCGCCUACCUAUCGCUUUGAAAGGGAAACGCGUGAAAAGUAUGCAUACACAAAAGCCAAAGCCACGGGGACUAAAUAUAACCUGCCCUCAUGGUGUGACCGUGUUCUCCGGAAGUCCUACCCUCUCGCACAUGUGGUUUGCCAGUCUUAUGGGUGCACCGCUGACAUCAUGACCAGCGACCACUCUCCCGUGUUCGCAACAUUUGAAGUGGGCGUGACGUCACAGUUCGUCUCUAAAAACGAUCCAAGCAGCGUUUCUCAGGGCGGAAUUAAAUUCAUGAACUGCAUGGCGAUUCUCAACACCAAAUCGAAAACCAAGUUCUUCAUUGAGUGCCACUCCAGCUGCCUGGAGAGUUUUGUGAAGAGCCCAGAGGGAGAGAAUCAGGAGCACAACGAAGGGUCACUGAAGGUCCGAUUUGGAUCCCAAAUUGAGCUAACUCCUAUUAUUUCGGACCCGGAGUAUUUGCUGGAUCAGCACAUCCUGAUUUGCAUCAAGUCCACUGACUGUGAGGAGUCUUACGGGGAAGGAUGCGUUGCCUUGCGGGCGGCGGCGACCUGUAAGGCCGACUUCCACAUUGUCCUGACGCACCACGGCGAGAUCACGGGUUCGCUGACCGGCAGCUUCCAGCUGCAGACCUCCGAGGGCAAGCAGACCGAGAAGCUGUACGACUUCAUCCAGGUCGAGAGAGACGACUCCGGGGCUCCGAAGGGCCGAAACGCAGAACCCUUCGGCAGCAGGUCUACUCAUCACAUGCCCACAAAUAUCAGCAACCCCAGUUACAUGGGGGUGGGUUACAAGACCGGAAAUCUCUCUGAAAUGGGCUGGAGCUACAACAUGCCCCCCAAGACGAGUCCACCCGGGAGUCACGUUGGAAAGGACAUGGCCCAGGGGAACCUCUCGCCGAAGAAAACUGCUCAAGACUUGCCCGUGGCGGACGACGGGAAGCCUCCCGAAAUGUUCGACAAUCCCCUGUAUGGGUCCAGGACGACGUCCAAGGGGGGCCUCCGCCCCAAGGAGCACCUCUAUCUCCCCGAGGCCUUCCCUGCUUCGCCCAAGUCCUGCGAGACUGAGGGCGAUCGCAUUCCUCCCUUGCCUAUGCCCCGGAAUCGCUCCUUCACCUGCUCCUCCGAGAGCAAACCGCAGCCCCCCACGACGCUGCAGCUCCCCAAUGUUGGGAAGAAGCCCGUCGUGCCCUCGCGCUCUGAGGGCGGCAUGCUGCCGGGCAGUCGCCCCCCGCUGCCCAUGAAGUCCCGCUCAGGGCAGCCGGAGCCCCAGCCCAUAAAACCCAGAGACUACAGAGACAGCUCUGAGUUGCCCAGCAAGGGCAGGCCCCCCCCGAGGUCUGGGCAGCCCCUCCCAAAAGAAGUGCAUCAAGAAGGAGUGCAGCCUGCGAAAUCAUCGCGCCCUGUGAAAUGAACAUCGGUGACCCGCUCGACGAAAGAAACGUUUCACUUGUAUGGAUUUUGUACAUAAGAAAGAUAUUUUGGAAACACGAGUCCUUAACAGUGACAAAAUCAGCUGGGCGGGGGGGGUCCUGAAUUUCUCUUUAGAUUUUUUUUUUCUGUCGGUUCCAUCGCAUAAAGAAAAGAAAAGCUCGCCUUUGACAGGAAAUAUGCCAAAUGGAUGUAAUAGCUUAUAUGGAUGUAAAGAAUCUGUGUAAAGACUUUAAAAAAGACAUAUUUCUCACGUGCGGAAAGGUUUUGGUCAUUAACCAACACUUUGUAUAAAAUGGUAAAGAGCCAGAAAAGCCAGGUAAUUUAAAAAUAACCCAGAAAUAAAGUAUCGCACAUGAUAUAACAAA